AUGUUAUGUUGGUAUGAAAGUUUUGUGUUUGAGAAUACGAUUUGUUGUUCGUGAUGUUGUGACGUAAAUUGGGGUAAUGAAAUCGUGUGUGUUUCACUUUUGUACUGUUAUUACAACAAUAAAAUGAAGGCUGAAGUAUGAGCUGUGGUAUUGAGGGUGAAUAUUUUCGCUUUAGUAAUCAUUGAGACAGUUAUAAUCACCCCUAAAUACCCGACCCGCCAUUUGCAAGGAACUUGUUUUGCAGUGGUCGAAUAUUUAAUUUUUUCGUGAAUUAAAAUCUUUCCGUAAAUUGCGUAUCGCGGAAUUUUAUUGGAGUGGAUGAUGUGACUUGCUACCUACAUAAUUUUUUCCGCGCUGUAUGGAAUUCCAGUUGAAAGGAUAAUUCAUGCAAUUCCGUGGGCGGAUAGGCGAUGGUGGUAUACGUGUCAAGCACUGUUCUGUUGCAUUUAUCUCAAUGGUGCGAUUAUUUAAUUCGCUAAAUUCGCCCGAUGGUGGAAGGUCACUGUUGUAGGAUGGAUGCGACGUUUCAAACCCAUCAGCAUGUGAAAGGAAAUGAUGGCAUGGUUUCGCUGGACAAAAUCGCGACCGUGCCUGCAGUUUUCGAUUGUGGUAAACCUGAGCUACUGGGAUCUGUCACUCACAGCCAGGAAACGGACGGCUCAAUAACGACUCAAAUAAGAACUAGCGCGAGAGUUUCCAAGAAGAUGCGACUUGAUCCUGUCUGCCUUUCAUCUGCGGGGGUUGAUAAAAAGGAGAAGCUGAAAGACGACGAGAGGCCAGACGCACCGGCCGCCAAGGAGAAACCCGAGGGCAAGGAGAAGUCGGAGCCCAAAGAGAAGGCGGACCCGAAGGAGAGGCCGGACCAGAGAGAGAGGGCGGAGCCGAGGGAGAAGGCGGAGAACAAGCCGAAGAGGCUGACCCAGCUCUGGUCCACGGAGGAGAAGAACACGUUCUUCGAGGCGUUGAACGAGUUCGGGAAGGACUUUGACGCCAUCGAGAACCACUUCGCCACCAAGGCCAGGAAGAAGGGGGUGCCCGAGAGCAUGGCCAAGACCCGCCUGCAGAUACGCCUCUUCUACCUGCGUACGUGGCACAAGAUAUCCAAGUACCUGAAGUUUCCGGAAAACACGGAUAUGAAGAAAGUGACUCAGGAAUUGUAUGGGCUGAUCAACUACGGAGAACUACGCAAGAAGAUGGGCUUCGUGAACGAAAAGAUUUGCUCAAAGUUAAACGAGUUGGUCUACAGGGGCACUGUUAACUUACGUUUCAAAGGGAAAAUCAUUCGCAUAAAAACCCCGAUGUGCCGCACCAUGCGAAAAAUAAAUAGGCUGGAUGAGGACGAGGAGGUGGUGCGGCUGCCCACCCGCGUGUGCCUCGAGCUGCGGCCGCGGACCAACCAGGCAUGGCAGCGCGUGCAGUCGGUGGCCCAGAACCCGCGCGUCAGGACCAAGCUGCCCCUGCAGAGGAGGCUGUCGUCCCUGCUGUCCUUCCUGGACCACCGGUGGCAGCACAACUGCGCCAGACACAUCGAGACCCUGAGGUCGGCCAUCGAGGCGGCAGACCCGUCUCACAGGCCCGCGCCCGGCCCGGCCGAGACGGAGAGGCCCCGGCUGACGGUCGGCCCGAGACGGGACGCGAGCAUCAGCGUGUCCGCCGUCAACCUCACCGAGUACCUCAGCAGCCUCAGCGUGUGCCUCAACACCUACCACGAGCGCUUCGGCAUGCAGCUGCUGGAGGACCCGACCUUCGGGAAGGGGAGCGGGAGGUCGGCAGCUUACAAGAAGGCGGCCAAGAGGAGCAAAUCCGACCCCGCUGUCGCGGCGGCGGACAGGAGGCAGGGGGCGGAGGCGGCUUGCCCCCCUGCGGCGGCCAGGCACAAGGAGCCGGAGACGGAGUGUCGCUCGGCCGUCGCCGUCGUAGACUCGGACAGCAACGCCUGCGACAGCGACCCCCGGCUGGGGGCAGCCUCGGACGUCGCAGUCGGCAGCAUCCUCGCCCUGAACGUCGAGUCGGACGCGGCGAGGGCCGACGUGGAAGGCCGGCCGAGGGGCGAGGCUGAGGAGAAGCCAGCGGUCCCGUCCCCGGACCCCACUGCCACCGUCCAGGCGGACGAGGAGACCAUAGCCCGGAUACGCAGGGGCUGGAACGUGAAGACGGCCAAGACCACCACCAUCGGCGAUCUCUACCUCAUGUUUGGAGUGAACGGCACUCUUCACUUGGACUACUGGUGGGAGGACGUCUCGCCAGACGCCAGCAGGCCGCCGAACGCGAGAGAGCUGACCAACGACAUUGCGGACCAAGAAGGGAAGGAAGCCGUUCAGAAGCCGACCCCGAACCCUCUCGCAGAAACGCUGCAGAAGCUGAUCGCCAUCGCCAACCUUGAAAUCCUGAAGAAGACGAAGGUCAUCUGCCCCUGUGGUCACGUGUGCGGCGGCGUGGUGAAUCGGAACAACAGGGUCAUCCAGAGGAUACGACCAUGUUUGGAGGCAGCAGACAGGGGAGCGCUGGACGCCGGCAGGGCGGGCGCCGCGGGCGUGGUGAGGAAGCCGGGCCCCAUCCAGGCGCGGGGGGUGGUCGCCCCGGUGCCGCUCAGCGACGGCGUGUUCCGUCGCCCGCUGCUCGCCCCGUCCCAGUACAAGCCCGGCACGGCCGAGGCCUUCAAGGCGCAGCUCGAGAAGUUCCGGCCGAGGUUCUGCAACCGCCGGGGCCGUGCGGUGCGCCAGAAGAGCGUCGUGGUCCAGCGCCAGCUGCCGCUCCUGCCCAAGGCGCCCAACGGCCACGCCAUGGUCACGCUCAAGGUCAUCCCGCAGACGGGGGAGUUCAUGCCCAUCAGCAACCCCGGCCUCGCCGCCAACCCGCCCGGCGUCAUAUUCUCCUCCGGCAUGCCGAAGGUUCUUUCGCAGUCGACCCCAAGGAGUCGUCACAUUCUGCCAGCAGCGCCCGUCACCGCUGUCUCCGUCACGCCCGCCACGUCGUCACUCACCACCGCGCCCGUCACUUCAGCGUCCCUGAAAGUUGGGCAAGGUGUGCAGCUGAGCCGCAGUUUCGGCGUGGACUUGCGGCCGUCUGUCGCCGCCGCGCCGAGCAUCUCCAACCUCCUGGACCUGCCCCUGUCCGGGGCCGGCGCCAAGGUCCACCCCUCGGACAACCCCGCCGCCGACAAGAUGGUGGACGCUGGCCACGUCACCUCGCCGAGCUUCGUGUUCCUGCCGAGUGAAGGCGUGUUGGAGACGUCGACCCCCCCGCCCAGCCCGUCGCGCAUCUUCAAGGACGACACGAACAACCAGUGGCUGACGUCGGAGGUGGUGGACUACUCCCUGAGCAGCCUGCUGGGGCAUCUCGAGAGCCCCGCGAAGCCGUCGACGCUUGCCGCGGGCGCUGGCAACGCGGACGAUACGAGGUUCUCCUCCGAUGUGGAGGCCCAGCUCCAGUGCCUCAUGAGCGAGAACAGCGUCGACUACACCGCGAAGUUCGCAGACCUGGCCGCUCAGAUCGCCUCCGCGUCGGACGCCGGCAAGAAGUGAAUCUCGUCGUCUUCGUCGUCAUCGGGGCGAUGGGCCCCGCGGCGCGAGUGUGUCCAGCGCAUACCGUCGUCACCGCCCGCACAACUUGGUUCAUAUUGAACCGGCAGUUUUAAAAAAAAAAUAAAAAAUUUUAGCGUUCACGUGGAGAUCAAUUUUUGACGUGCGUACGUCACGACCCGCGGGAACAUCUGACGUAGUGAUGUUUGUGAUACUUGAGCAUGUUCUGUCCUCCCUGGCCACGGGAUGCUGAAAGGGUACGUACGUUGUUCAACCGGACAUCGGGACAUUUCAAAAUUUUAGACAGUGUUAUUUUCACUGUGAUUUAGGGUAAAUUGCGAAAAUUAAUGAUACGUAUGUUGCGGCAACUUAAUUUUUGGUCAUUAAACAGGGUGUCCGUAUUCUGAAAAGUCAGGAGGGUUGGAAUUUUUUCCGGGAAAAGUUGGGGAGUUUACGUGAAAUCCUAGAAAAGUCAGGAAAUUCCCACGUGGUAGUCAUUUGAGGAGAAAAUUUCAUGCUCCAGUUUUAUCACACAGACUGUGAAAUAAUUUUUUUUAGAUACUAUUUUAGUGCAUUUUUUAUUCACACUAUAAAAUGGCACAUGGAAUGUUGUGCAUGAAAUAUAUAUAUUUUUUUGUUUCCAUGCAAUUAUAGGACAACCAUGGUUGUGUUUUCCUAUCUAAAUUAUUUUUUUAAAAUAAUUGAGAAAUUUUUAAUUUUGGUAAUGGAAGUUCAGGUAAAUUUUUAGGCUUGUGCGAAGUGAAUCAAUUGAAGCUCUUUUUAAUAUUCGAUUUUACGUCGCCAGGAAAUUUUCUGUUUGUUUUAGUUAAUAUUUUAGUGUAUUUUAUAAAAUGAAUUUAAAUACAGCUUCACUGAGAACAAUAUUCACAAUUUGAUUCGACUUGGCGAAUUUUUAAAAUAUUCGAUUUGAUGUUCACUUUGCAUCAAGAAACUAGUGUUGGCACAGGCGUAGAAAUUAAAUUGCAGAUUUGUGUGGACAUCCUGUUUAAAAUAGGUUAGUCAUAUUCUUUGCAAAUGGAAACAAAGCAUGGAAGAACUUGAUGUCAUGAGUAUCCACUGCAAUUUUUUUUACUGUGAAGGUAGUUACCAUUUAUCAGUCUGCUUGUAUACUGAAUUUACACACAUAAGUCAUAUAAUUUAAUAAUUGAGGAAUGUUUACACUCCUAUAUUUGGAAUCGUUCACCCCCCCCCCCCCCCGCCCACCUCUUCGCAUCACUAGGGACGAGAUUAUAUGGUGAAUUGCGAUAAAACCAAAAUAGCACCACAAAGCAUUUCAGUACAACACGUAACUCCGAAGUGCAAGUUAAUAGAUCCUUUAGCAACGAAAUUUAACCAUAAGCAUAAAAACAGUCAGUCUUUUGACAACACUUAUUCAAAAGACUAAAACUUAAAUGUUUUACCAUGGUAAAAUAAUUGAAUGCAAUUAAUUAUUAUAUAGAUAUCAUAUAUUUACUAAAAUGAAUUGGAAACAAAUUAAUGUUAUAUUGUUUGAAUUUUUACAUUAAUGACGCACAUGUUUCAAACACAUGAUUUUUCAAUUUUGUUUUUAUUUUUCUGAGUGUGUAGUUCUGUUUUAGAUAUGCUUAUUACUAAUGAUUUUACUGUAUAAAUGCAUAAGGUGUUAAUCCAAAUGAGACUAUUUUUGGUAAUAUAAGUAUUAAGAAAUAUUUGUAGUUUAAUUUUGUUUAAUAAUACACGUUUUUUUAAUUAAGGCAAUAUAUUAAAAAAAAAUACACUAACACCAAAAUAUCCUGUUUUAAAAACCCAAUCGUCCUAGAAAUGAAACCAUAAAACCUUGCCUUGGUCAGCCCUGUAAAUAGUGGUUGCAACGGAAGCGAGGAUUGGACGGAAGUUGGUGCUUCUGUUGCCGUCAGCAAGUCCUUGCACUGUUAAUUUACUGUACUUAGCCGCAAAUAUGUGACUGAUCGUAACACGACCCUAAACGUUUUGAAUAUGAGUUCAUGAGGACUGCUUCAUAGAGUGGAAAUCGCAGUUCAAACACGUGGGAAUUAAAAAUUAUUUAAAUUACUAAAUUCAUACUAUAUUUGCUAGAGAUUUUCUUGUGUGUGGUUUUAUGGUUGUAGCUCAAAAGUCAUCAAUCGGAAACAGUUAUAUGUGAAAUACAAAAAAAUUUGGGAAUAAAAUUGAUGUACAAAAUAUAUAGUUUUUUUUUUAUUUUUUUUUUUUUAACUUUUUUUCAUCUUUAUUUUUUAUUUGCUUUUAUCUUAUCUUAGUGGUUUUGAAACACCACACUUUUAUUGCCUCAUUAAAUGCUGGAUGGUUGUUUUUCCUGUUGCCUGGUGCUUUUCAAACUCUGAUAAAGACAUUAUCAUAAUUACAAUCCCACAGAUUUAAAAAAAAAAAAAAAAUCUCUCCCCUUUUAGACUGGAAAUUUUUUUUUUCAUGUGAAGGUGGUUUUUUAAACUAUUUUAAUAACUUAGACUGUAGUUUAUAUUGUAUAUACUGGCUGUCGAUGCUGAUCAGUAGAGACAAGAUUUUAUGAUUUUAUUUUCAGGCAAAUUUUGUUUUGAAAGGGAGGUUAUGGUGUAAUUGUUUUUAUUUUUAAUGAAAUUUGUUUAUUAAAAAGAUAGCAUAUUACAGAACAAAUAAGAUACUCAAAUGUACCAAUACUAAUUACUGUAAAACACUCAUUUUGACUGAUAAAUGACACUUUUUCAGUACAAUGAUUUGUAAUAACUAAUAAGCAUGUCUUUAACUUUUUUGAAAAAUUAAAAUAUAUCUGUUAAGUAUUUCUGUGUUUGAAAAAUUGGUCUAAGUUUGUAAUGUAAAAAUAACUAAUGACAUUUGCAAGAUUAAAAAACAUAAAUGUUUUCCAAUCUUUUUAUGUAUUAAAUUGUGGUGAAAACAUUGUGCUGAAUAUAGGUUAAUUAUGUACAUUGAAUUUAAUAUUUUAAAAAUAAAGGUAUUUGUCAAUAGAGUUAAGUUUUGAUUGAAAAUUCUGAUUAGCUUCAUGAUUUUAAUGGCUUUUCUGUGCUUUGUGGUGUAUUAACGUGAAAUCUGUGUUAUAUGGUGUGUUUACGUCUUUACAUGUUCUUCGGUGUUAAUGUGGUUUUAUCGCGAUUCACCAUAUAAUCUUGAUCCUACUGAUAAGUCUUCAGAAUGCAAAAAUAAGCCAUGGCCUACCAUCAAUUAGCUGAUGGUUUUUUUUUAUUGCAGGAACCAGAUGUUGUAGUUGCAAAUUAAUUAUGUUACUGGCAACUUAAUUAAGUAUGUACUUCAAGAUAAGCAGUCAAACCCAUAUUCCUUGUAUGUAUACGUAUAUAUUUGUGUUGUCAUUUGUGUAUACUUUGGCUGGCACUUUUUUUUUUGCCAAGCAAGAUUUUAUUUCAUAACUAGAGUUAGGUGUGCAUUGAAAUACGUAAUUUAUUCUUGCAUUGUUCUAUCUUAUUGCUGUUCAGUGGCACAAUAUGUUCCAAGUGCAAAUUAAUAUUAAUGGAUGUUUAGUGUGUAGUGUUUUGAAGUUCUUAUGUAUGUGUGCAUCUUUUUUUUUUUUGUAUAAAGUAUGUGAAUGUGGUUAAUGUGCACAAGCGAAGCAAGAAGAUUUCUUAGGUCCUAACGUUUCCUGUCUUUGUCGCGACUAGGACAAGGUUAGUACCCUGUGGGAUGUGUGUUUUGAGCUCUUGUGUAGUUAAGUGGCUAGUGACAAAAAAAAAAAUACUUUGGAAGGACUGUGUGGCGA